AAGCAUGGCUUCCUCGACUAGCCAUGGCUACUGGUGGAAACUCCCUCGUGAAUCUAGCUUCCCGCGUAUUUCGUUUGUCUCUUGAUCAGAAUACCAGCCAGAUUAGUAUUUGAUUCGGUUCUUUUAUGGUGGUGUUGGAAGACGUCAGGCGUUUGAGCUUCUGAAGCUUACUGAUAGGCGUUUUAUCUACCGCUUAUUCCGUAGCUUACUUUUUGGCGUACCGGAUGUGGUUUUGUCUGUUUCCGAUGGUGGUGUAUAUAAACGUCAGGCAACAGGCGGAUCAUUCGCCACUUAUUCCGUAGCUUACUGAUAGCUCACUGAUAUUUUGGUAGAGAACGACGAGCGUACAUCCUAAGUUGAGUUUAGGGAGCCUGAAUUUAGCUUUCAGUUUCCAGUAGAUGGUUCUUACAUCCGGCCUCUCCGCGUCUUGUAGCAGCCGGCGUCGACAACUGUCUCGGCGGCAAUACUGUCAGCGAAAUAGACGAGAAGGCAACUUCUCGGUUUGAGUGGCGUCACGGCGAGCGGGGGGCUUCGAAGCAGCGGAAGCAUCCUUGACAGCGCAAGCAUCAGCCUGAUCGGUAGCUGACGUUUAACUAUCCGCGGGAACGGCGAACCGACGGCGAGCCUCGAGCGACGAGAGUACCAGGGCGGACGGCGACGGCGAAUGGCGAACGACCACUCGCGAGCGGCGAACCUCCGGUCCGGAAGAGAACGAUGCGCCUUCCGUCCGCUCACCCCAACAUCGAAUAGCGAACGGCGAAGAGUCGAACGGCGAGCGGCGAACGGCGAACGCGAACCGCGAACGUUGAACAGUGACGACUUGAAGACUCGGCUUCGCACGGACGUCCGGCGCGGAAUAAAUUCGUAGCCAUGUGGAGCUCCGUUCCCUGCUGCGUCCCUCGAUCGUCACGGAUCGGGAUCGCGAUUGGAUCGACCACCGAUGAGAGUUCGUCCCCUUUCGCCUCCGCCUCGUCUGAAGUGCCCUCCGCCUCCGCCUCGUCUGAAAUGCCCUCCGCCUUUUCGCCUCACCGACGCGACUCUGACUCGCCGCGUCUCGACUCGACUCCGUCUCGUCACCAGAGAGCCUGUCUUCCGCGGAUCGUCGCCGGAGAGCCGCGCCUGUCAUGCGCGGAUCGUCGCCGUCACGCCUCAGUGGAGCUCAUAUAGGGUCUCGCGGGUUAGACAAUCAUUCAUACCAUGGUCGCGUCCCUUUCUACCCCAGUCCCCCCUUCGCUUGCUUAAAAUGCUGCUGUGGUGCCAUGGGUCACUGCCGCCAUGCGCCUUCCCCCUCCCACCGGCUCCGUUUUCGCUCCUCUUUUUUUUUUUUCUUUUCUUUUCAGUUUUUGCCUUAGCUUCACAUGUUUGCUGCUCUGCUCGCUCUGCACCUCCACUCUUCAGCUCGCUGUUUGCUCUGGACUCACUCCCUGCAUCUCCCUUUGGCCUUGCCUACCCAUCGCCUUUCCUCGGGGCCUGUCCACCCAGCUCUACGAGUGCAUGGAGUCGGAGCAGCAGCGGGAAUCGGAGCAGAGGAGCAGAGGAGGAGCAGCCAAGCACAGCUCCUGCUGCCAGUAGUCAACAACAGUCAUCA